AUGAACCAGGUUCGAGCCGAUUAUGAUUUUGACGCUCAACCUGGCUCGGGCGAAAUGAGUAUUCGUAAAGGUGAAAUACUGACAGUCCUCCGAGGGGAUGUUGAAGGUGGUUGGAUUGAAGGACGAAAUACCUCAGGAAAAAUAGGUUUAUUUCCCGAAUCAUAUGUAAGCCCUUACUCUGGACCUCCUGCGGUCUCUCCUCCAAAUUUACCGCCAGCGCCGGUACCGAAGCCACCGCCUGUUCAACCUAGUCGAGCCACUGGAGAUGAUUGGGGAGUUUCUUCAUUUCACCCUCCACCAGCUUCUUAUCCUUCAGUAAAUAAUCCUUCUACCCAAAGCCAAAGCGGCUCUGCGUCUCAAAUAAACGACGAAUUCGAUGAUGAAUGGACAGACGAUGAUGAGAAUGAGGAGCCUGCUCUACCGAAUUCUCAUCAUGCUGUUGCUCCGAACGAUGUUCGAGGAGCUAUCAAUCGCAGCCAGUCAGCCGGUGAUCGGGCAGGUAGUAAAGUUAAUAGAAAUAUAAAUAGGUUUUCAAACUUUGUGAAAUCUGGAAUGGAAGCUUAUGUUCUUGGAGAAUCAAAGAUGAAUGGACAACCAGGGGAAAAGCAUGAGAUUGUGAGCUCUUCCAAUAUGGUUCAAUGGAAGCCAAUUCAGCAGUAUUAUACUUGUACUCUGGGAGACAAAAUAAAGAAAGAAACUAAGUUAAAAGGUUUGAAAAGCUUCAUAGCUUACUCUAUUACGUCGUCUCUCAGAAGAAUUCAAGUUUCAAGACGUUAUAAACAAUUUGAUUGGUUGCAUGAGCAACUAUCAGCUAAAUAUAUUAUGAUUCCCAUUCCACCAUUGCCGGAAAAACAAGUUUCUGGAAGGUACGAGGAAGAUCUGAUCGACCAUAGAAAGCAUAUACUCCAAAUCUGGGUUAACAAAAUUUGUCGGCAUCCAGUUUUAAGUCAGAGUGAAGUUUGGCUUCACUUCAUAAGCUGUACAGAUGAGAAAGAGUGGAAGAAUGGUAAGAGAAAAGCUGAAAAGGAUGAGUAUGUGGGAGGUAAUUUCUUGAACUGUGUAUCCGUCCCUCAAGUGAAGCUGGAUAUUGCCCAUGUCGAAGGUCAAGUUGAGAAGUUUCAAAAAAAUGUCAAGUUCACAGAAGAUGCAACGAAUGUUAUGCAUGGCAGAAUGAAAGAGUUCCAGAAAGUAUAUCAAGGACCUGUAAAAAGUAAUUGGCAGAAGAUGGCUCAUGCUUUCUCUUCCCUGGGUCAAACAUUUAAUGACGAUCAUCCAAAGAGUGGAAAGCUGGCCGCUGCUCUCAAUGUAACAGCCUCUCAAUACCAUUCGAUUGGAGAGGAGUUCGAUGUUCAUACCAGAAACGAUAUGGAACCUGUUGUUGAGGCUUUGUUCUCAUUCAAAGGAACAGUACAAGGAGUCCCUGAUAUUCUUUCCAUUCACAAACAAGCAAUCCAGAAAUACAGAGAAAAUCAGUCCAAAGUUUCAAAUGUUGACGCGGAAAAAAUUAAACAACGGGUGGAUUCCAUCAGUUAUUCCGUUCUUGCAGAAAUGAAUCAUCUGAAUUCUGAAAAGAUCGAAGAUGUUCGCUCAACUAUGGGUACUUACCUUCGCAAGCAAGCAGAUUUUUACCAAAAGCUGGCGAAUCAGUUUGCUAACAUGGCUAGUCAAUACGAUUUCUAA